AUGGCCUUUCCGACUAAUUCUGUCGCCAACCCUCGGGCCGUCAUUUCUGGUCCGAAAUAUCGCUUUACCAUUCUGACCGAUUUCUUGAUUCGGUACGAGUGGGCUUCUGAUGGAUGUUUCGAAGACCGAGCGUCAACUUUCGCCAUCAACCGGCACUUUCCGACGCCCCAAUUCCGCGUCGUCGACAACGAUGGUAAUCUCGAGAUCAUCGCCGACAAUUUCCACCUAUGUUACGAUAAGCAACGAUUCUCCCCUGCUGGACUGAACGUCCAUUUCAACUUCAAAUAUACCAACUGGGGGGCUCCAUGGCAGUAUGGACUCGAUGAGGAGCUCAAUUUGGGAGGCACAGCUCGGACCCUUGAUCUUUGCGAUGGCCGUUGCGAUAUGGGAAAAGGAGUGAUUUCCAAAGCAGGAUAUGCGGCCCUCGAUGACUCAACAUCUAUGCUCUUCGAUGGAGACUUUGUGGCGGGUCGGAAACCGGGUGAUCGUAUCGAUGGAUACCUUUUCUGCUACGGUCAUGACUACAAAGCGGCGAUGAAAGCAUUCUACUCAGUGUCCGGCAAGCAGCCCAUAUUACCCCGAUAUGCUCUAGGCAACUGGUGGAGCCGAUACUAUGCCUAUCACCAAGACGGGUAUGUUCAACUCAUGGAUGAGUUCCGUGCACGCGAUAUUCCCAUGUCAGUUGCUGUGGUCGACAUGGACUGGCAUCUCGUAUCAGACCCUUCUGUACCCCAUGCCGGAUGGACCGGCUAUACCUGGGAUAAGAAACUCUUCCCAAAUCCCAAGCAGUUCCGACGUGAUCUGCACGAGAGACAUCUCAAGAUCACCCUGAAUGAUCAUCCUCACAAUGGAAUUCAUUCCCAUGAAGAUGCAUACAAGGAAAUGGCCAAAGCUCUGGGUCACGAUACCGGGGAAAAGAGGCCAAUUAUUUUCGAUCCCUCUAACCCCAAGUUCAUGAAAGCGUACUUCGAGAUCCUGCAUCGUAAUCUGGAGAAUACCGCAUGCGAUUUCUGGUGGAUUGACUGGCAGCAAGGCCCGUACUCCAAAGUUCCUGGCCUCGAUCCCCUUUGGCUUCUGAACCAUUUCCACUAUCUCGAUCAUGGACGAGAUGGCAACACCACUCCCCUUAUCUUUUCCCGGUACGCCGGGCCUGGAAGCCAGCGAUACCCAGUGGGAUUCUCGGGCGAUACAGUGGUCACCUGGGAUUCGUUGGCCUUCCAACCGGAGUUCACCGCAACAGCGUCGAAUGUAGGUUACGGGUGGUGGAGCCAUGAUAUUGGCGGCCAUAUCUUUGGAGGCAGAGACGACGAACUCGUUACUCGAUGGGUCCAGCUCGGUGUCUUUUCGCCCAUUUUCCGUCUGCAUUCUUCUGAUUCGAAGUGGAAUUCUAAAGAGCCGUGGAUGUAUCGCUCGGAGUACAAGAAGGUCAUGUCUAGCUUUAUGAGGUUGCGACAUCGACUGGUACCAUUCCUGUAUACAUGCAACGUUGUCGGUUCUAUCGAGAAUGAGCCUUUAGUGCAGCCGAUGUACUGGAUGUUUCCGGACUCUGAUCAGGCGUACGUGUUUCCCAAUCAGUAUAUCUUUGGCUCGAAACUCUUGAUUGCUCCUAUUGUCGAUCCUCGGGACAAGACGACAAACUUGGGGGCUGUCAAAGCAUGGCUGCCACCCGGUCCCCGGUUUGUUGACAUAUUUACUGGCCAAUUGUAUGACGCAGACCGGGAGAUCACAUUUUACCGGAGACUGGAAGAAUACCCUGUUCUGAGCCGUGAAGGAACUAUCAUUCCUAUGGAUGCCAGCCCAGCGCCCGGAAACGGUUGCUUGAAUGUGGAAGCGUUCGAGUUUCUUGUUGUCAUCGGCAACGAUGCUGAAGCCAUUGUUUUGGAAGAUUUUGAAGACGAUGCACCCAAUUCGACGGCAGGCCAGGGGCAACGGAAAUUUGCUGUCCACUUCAACCAGGCUGACGGAAAGCUGACCGCCGAAUCAAUCGACCGGCCCUCGAAAUUCCGAUUUGUGUCGUUGACGUCCAUUCCGGACAACUUGAAAAUUUACUGUGACGGCAUCGACCGGACGAAAGAGGUUAAAGUGUCCGUCGAGGAGGGCUGCCAGGCCCCUGGUCUCGUCAUUGAAUGCUCAUUCUCCAAAAUUGGUCACUGCAUCACUAUUGAACUCGGUCCUAAUCCUCAGCUCAGCGUGAUGAAUCCGAUGCGCCGUCUCGAGCCUCUGAUUAUGGACUAUCAAUGUGAGUUCGAGAUUAAAGACAAGUUGUGGAAAGUCGUGGCAGACCACAUGAAACGUGUUAACGCUAUGAUUGGCACGCUGCUAUCGCUUGGGUACGAUGACUCUAUCGUCGGUCCUGUGUUUGAGCAGCUGUUGGCAGAUAGUCGGCUAUGUUCGCCUUUUGCUAAGCGGACGUAG